GAAAGCCAUACCCAAAUGGACGUGAAGCAGAAAGAAAAGCAAAAGCAGAAGGAUAAUUUUCGAAGCGACUCGAAAUUCCUAAGUGUUCCAUCCUUGAAGUUUCGGGAAUAUGUCGUGGCAAACGUACGUGGACGAUCACCUUAUGUGUGAUAUUGAAGGCAACCAUCUCACCUCCGCCGCCAUCAUCGGACACGACGCCAGUGUUUGGGCUCAGAGCUCCUCAUUCCCUCAGUUUAAGGCGAAUGAGAUAUCUGCGAUUAUGAAGGAUUUUGAUGAACCUGGUUCUCUUGCACCAACUGGUUUACACCUUGGUGGCACUAAAUACAUGGUUAUUCAAGGAGAGCCCGGAGCCGUUGUUCGUGGCAAAAAGGGUGCUGGGGGAAUAACGGUGAAGAAAACUGAGAAGGCGGUGAUAAUUGGAAUAUACGAUGAACCAGUAACUCCAGGACAAUGCAAUAUGGUGGUUGAAAGGUUGGGAGAUUAUCUCAUCGAACAGGGUUUGUAGGCCCUUUUUUCCCGCUCUUCCUAUUUCUCAUUCUCAUUUUUACAAAACUCUUCAUUAUAUCAUUUUUUUUCCUUUUAAUUAUUCUUGUGUGCCCCUCUUAAAAGGUGCAAAAUUACAUUUCCAAAUGAUUUUUUAUUAUGCUUCAUUCUUUGUUAAGCCAUUUCAGCUUCCUUUUCACGUUCUACUCUUUUUUCUUUUUAACUCUGCCUACUACUCGAAGCACCAUAAUGAUUGAACUAUUGUGUGGUAUGCACUGAAAUGAAUCUUGAGCGUGGCCUAUGAUGUAUUUUUCAUAUAAUUUUAGGUUAAAUUGGA